AUGCGUAAUGUUAGUGAAUAUGGUGACCAAAUCAACGAGAUGAGCUGGGCAGUUGGAGAAGUUAUGGCAACUUUGUCCACCCUGGCACUGGAUGAGAAGACUUUGGUCAUAUUUUUGUCUGACCAUGGCCCUCAUCGGGAAAUUUGCAAGGAAGGAGGCAGCUCUGGCAUUUUUAAAGGUGGGAAAGGCAACUUCUAUGAGGGUGGUGUCCGUGUUCCAGCCAUAAUGAGAUGGACGGGGGUCAUCCCUCCAGGCCGCGUGUCCAGUCAAGUGGUCAGCAGUAUGGACCUGUUACCAUCUCUGGUCAGCCUUGUGGGAGGACAGCUGCCAAAUGUACACCUAGAUGGAGAAAAUAUGUUGGAUAAGAUAUUUGGGAAAUUGGAAUUAACAGACGUUAAUUCUGGACAUUUUCAUAAAAAAGACCAUGAUGCUUUGAAAAGAGACAGGGCACUGUUUUUCUACUGUGAUAACCAUCUGAUGGCAAUACGCUACAAGUCAUUUAAGGUGCACUUCAGGACGCACCCCCUUGCUUCAGAAGAAUUCAUUCUAAAAAACUGCCCCGUAGCUGGGGUACCUACAGACACAGAGCUUCACGUGGAGCACUAUUGCAACAAGACAAUACAGCAGGAGGUGCCACUGUUAUUCAAUGUGGAGGAAGACCCGGGGGAAAUGUUUGCUCUUGACUGGGAGGAUUAUCAGGAUAUUUCAAAUGAAAUUCAAGAUAUACUCAGGAAGCAUCAAGAGACGUUGCCUGAAGAUUUAGAUGGCCAUGGUAUAACAUCCUUUGACAACACAGAUAUGUUUGUGCUUCCCUGUUGCAAUAAACCAUACUGUAUUUGUGACUUCACUAGUGAACCUCCAUGUCCAGCUUCAUGAUGAUUUGUUUACAGUGUGUUCAUAAACAUCCUUUCAGAUAACAUCAUGUUAAAAUUUUCUGUGAUGUAAUUUGUUUCUUUUGUCUUUUUACCUCUGUAUUUUGUUCACCACCAGUCUAAUUCAAAAUGUUAUUUUUAGGAUAGGCCAGAAAUGGACUAACUUAAAAGUGUUUAGAUUUUGGUGGUGACCCAGAUUAUCGGGAUCUAAGAAUUUAAAAAAGAUAUCUCCUCAAGGUGACAAAGCACCAAUAGCCUUGUCUUUAUGCAAUGGAUAUGCUAGCAACUACAAUACAUGUGCCAUAAUUUAUCAGUGCAAGUUUCUUGGUGGAGGUCUGGGCUCUCUGAGUGCUUUUUCUAGUCUUGGUUAAAUGUUGGAACACACAAAUAUAAACACAAACACACACAUACACAUUGGAAUAACACUGAAACCAUAUAAAAAUUUAUAUUUAGAGAUAUAUUACAUUUGUAGAAUAUACAGAAUUUGAUUUUUACUUUUUGCUUGUAGGUUUCUCAUUUUUAAAUUAAUAUCUAUGAAUAUCAGAAGUUCUAUAUUUAAUACAAUAUAUU